AUGGCCCUGGCUCUCCUGUGGCUGGGCUUCACCCUGUUGUGGGCCCUGCAGACUCAUGCUAAGUAUUCCCCUCUGUAUCAGAACCUGAGUCAAUCUCUGGGCCCAUCUCUGAGCAUAAACUCUCUGCAGCCAGACUUCAAGGCUGACAAGGGGAAAUGGUAUGCCAUAGGUGUGGCUGUAAACGAUAUCCAUUAUCGAAAAGAAAGCCGAAUAAACAUGUACAGCAACUUCUUUUACCUGAAAAAGAAAGACAGCUGCGUUCUCUCCACCUUAAUCCUGAUGGAAGGCGUCUGUGAAAUCUGGUUUGAAGAUCUAUCCUCCUCUGGCCGUCCUGGAGAGUUCACUCUGAGAAACAUUAAUGAUAUCAGUGAGAUAGAGAAUUAUACUCUGCGAGUGGUAUCCACUGACUACAAGCAUUUUGCUUUGGUGUUUCUGAAGGUGACUGUCCCAAACAGCGAGCACAUCAUUGUCACCCUCUACGGGAGGACCAAGAAGCUGGGACGUAAACUGAAGAGGAAGUUUAUCAAAUUUUCCAAGUCUGUGGGCCUCACCAAAAAGAACAUCAUCUUUACAAACCCCAUAGCUUGUCAGUGUCUCCAGUACCUGUCCAUCCUGUUCUUCCUGUCACUACUCUGCUCAGUGGUGUCUGGCAGCCCCACCAGCCAUAAUGCCCAUGAGAGCGAUGAGAGACCCUUCCUCCAGCACAGUGCUGCCCACACAGCUGAAGCAAAAUGCACCUUGCUGAUGGAGCCUCCAUUAUCUGCUAAAUAA